AUGGUCAAGUAAUGUUGCGUGCGAUGCGUGUGAAUGAAGACAUAUUUUGUCAUUUCUCCCCGAUUUGAGAGGCAUUUUUUAAAUGCUUUUAUUAACUUUUAAUAAAAUAAACCACGUUCCGGUAUAAUGUUUAUAUUAAUUACAUGUGUGGAAGAUUUGAGCAAAUAUCAUUAAUACAUGAGUUAGAUAAAAAUCAGAAUAUUAAGUGGAAAGAAGAAGCAUUAACAAAAAAGCCGUACAACAAGAUAUAUAGUUUAAGAGGGAAACCGAAGCAGAAAACAAAAAUUCAUAAACAUUUAAUUAACAUCGAGAUUUCAAUUUUGUGGUCAAGAUUCUACGCAAAAUGAGUUUUUCCAGCGACGAAGUAAAUUUUUUAGUUUACCGAUAUUUACAGGAAUCUGGAUUCUCACAUUCGGCCUUCGUUUUCGGCAUUGAAUCCCAUAUAUCACAGAGUAACAUCAAUGGAGCUCUUGUGCCACCUGCUGCGCUACUAACGAUAUUGCAAAAAGGUUUAUUGUAUACAGAGGUGGAAUGGUCUGUAGGCGAAGAUGGUGUGCCCGUAAGGCCUAUAGAAAGCCUAAGUCUUAUAGACGCAGUUAUGCCGGAAGCUAAGCCGCCUAUUUCAUCCAUAAAAUCGGAACCCGGUAAAAGUGGCAAUGGUGAUAAUUCGGCCUCCAGCAGUACUACGGCAAGCGGGUCAUCGGGUAAUAACGUAAAAUCUGAGGUUAAAACGGAAAGUAGUGCCAACGCAUCUGGUACAAGUGCAAAUGCUUCGGGUACAGCGACAGUAGCAGCGUCGGGUGGAGAAAACACAGAAACUGAAAGCGGCGCAACAUCUAGUGCUACUGUUGGUGGGUCACCAGCUGGCACCAGUGGUACCGCGGGGGGAAAUGCUACAACAUCGGGUACAACAAAUACGCCCAGUGAUGACAAAAAACCAGAUAUUGCUGCAAGUAGUUCAACAACUAAUACAGCAGAUGAUAAUGCAUCAACAUCUUCCACCAAUGGAAGUUCCAGCAACAAUGCCUCCAAUGAUGCCUCUGCUUCAGCAACCGGAACAGGCGCAACGGCAUCUUCACGAACAGCCACACCCACAACAACAGCACAAACAGGUUCAGCUGGUGGUGCCGGAUCAACACCGGGCGGAGGGGCAGCCACAUCGGCCCCAACUUCGGCCCUUGGAUCGUCACCAGCAGCUUCUACCGGGGGCGGCGCUGAGCCCAUGGAUAUUGAUGCUGCCAUCGAAAUACCAGCUUCUAAAGCGACUGUAUUGAGAGGUCAUGAAAGUGAAGUAUUCAUAUGUGCCUGGAAUCCAAGUCGUGACUUAUUGGCAAGUGGUUCAGGUGAUAGCACGGCACGCAUAUGGGAUAUGUCCGAUGCCAUGGCUUCGCCCAAUCAAUUGGUAUUGCGUCAUUGUAUUCAAAAAGGUGGAGCCGAAGUGCCAAGUAACAAGGACGUUACUUCAUUGGACUGGAAUUGCGAUGGUACUCUUUUGGCCACUGGCAGCUAUGAUGGUUUUGCACGCAUUUGGAAAACAGAUGGUAGUUUGGCAUCAACGUUGGGUCAGCACAAAGGACCUAUAUUUGCUCUCAAAUGGAAUAAGCGUGGUAACUAUAUUUUGUCGGCCGGUGUAGACAAAACAACAAUCAUUUGGGAUGCAUCCACUGGCCAAUGCACACAACAGUUUUCAUUCCACAAUGCUCCAGCUUUGGACGUGGACUGGCAGACAAAUAAUUCAUUUGCAUCCUGUAGUACUGAUCAACGAAUUCACGUUUGUCGUUUGGGCUCCGACGUACCCAUUAAAACAUUCAAAGGACACACAAAUGAGGUUAAUGCCAUUAAAUGGUGCCCACAGGGUAAACUAUUGGCCUCUUGUUCGGACGAUAUGACUCUUAAGAUUUGGUGUAUGAGUCGUGACAAAUGUUGCCAUGAUUUGCAAGCACAUUCCAAGGAAAUUUAUACAAUUAAAUGGUCACCGACUGGCCCCGGUACACAAAAUCCCAACACAAAUCUACUGUUGGCUUCGGCGUCUUUCGAUUCCACAGUUCGUCUAUGGGAUGUGGAUCGGGGUAUGUGCAUACACACACUGACAAAGCAUACAGAGCCGGUGUAUUCGGUGGCUUUUUCACCAGAUGGCAAAUAUUUGGCAUCGGGUAGCUUUGAUAAGUGCGUUCACAUUUGGAGUACCCAAAAUGGCAAUUUGGUGCACAGCUAUAAAGGAACAGGUGGCAUAUUUGAGGUAUGCUGGAAUUCGAAAGGCACGAAAGUGGGUGCCAGUGCUUCGGAUGGCAGUGUCUUUGUGUUGGAUCUUCGAAAGUUCUGAUCGACACCAACGACAACGGCGACCUCUACAACAGGCUCUACUGGUGGUUUCUUUUAGAAAAUUCUGUUGCUUGAGGGCGGCUCAUUAAAUCAUUCGAACCUUUUAGUUCUGUAAUUUCUUUUUAAAAUAAAGGUAACAAAAUUGCAAAAAUUGGCAAACAAAAAGAAAACAAACACGUUUCCUAGAUCUUAAGUAUGAAUGUAAAGAUUUUUUAAAGCGUAUCAUUAUUUUUAUGGAUAUCAAUCACAGCCCCCUUUGUGUAGAUUUAAGUAUGGUAUAGCAAUUAAUAAUUGUCUUUUCGCUCCACGUUUUCUCACUCCCUCGACUGUAUUUGCAUUAUUGUUUUGUUGUAUUCCCUCUCUUUUCUUUCACUUAUUUUUUUUUUAGAAUUUUUGGUUUAAGUAACUGAGUUGCUUUUCAAAACCCAUUUUGAAAUAUAAGCUAUGUUUUUUGUAUUGUUUAAGCUUCUCUUUAAUAAAACGACGCAUUUUAUUUUUUUACAAUGCUAUUUAGUAGCCCUCUCGUUCUGCUCAAUACCCAAUAAUAAAAACCCGAAUGUAUCAGUAAUAACAUUUGUAUUGGAACACACACACGCAAAACAGAAAAUAGGCUGAGUGUCAGAGGAUAAAAAAUAAGAAAAAAUACACACUUUUAUUUAUAAACAAAAAAAUUAAUCUAAUGCAAUAAAUUUCUUGCAAAAUAAGAAACAAAUCGUA